UUUCUUUAAACAUGAGUUUUAUAUAUUUCAGAGGGGGGAGCAGUCUGCGAAUAUGCUGAAAUAUUUCCUUCCAAGACGUAUCAAGCGAAUUGUGUUUUUGUUACUGUACGGGCUGCUUCUAUUUGCUUGUAUAACGUACUGGAGACUUCCGCAGCCUAAAAUUAACAUACCAAUCAAGGAUUAUCUCGCCAAAAACGCAUGGUUACUUAAAACUAAUGAUAAACAUUUAAUAGGGACCCGUAAUCAGACGUGCGUCCAUCCAAAGUUGCCACUUUGGAAUAAAGACAUUGAGAAGAUAAUAGAAAUUUUAGCACCGAUCAAAUGUUCCAGAGAGACAGACUGGGUAUACACUGGAAAUGGAAAGUUCUAUAUUUCUUUAAAAGCCGUCAAAACUCAUGGAGAAAUAAAAUGCUCAUAUCAAGCUAUCGUAAAUGAUAAUGAAGAAUUUAAAAUUUUAGAUCCUGUCUAUCCAAUGUUGAAUGGAAGUGAUCUUAAAUCAGAUGCAUUCAAAGUUUAUUGUAAAGCCUCAGAUGGCAAAACAUACUCUAAUACGCAUGCGUGUAUAGCGCCACAGUCUCCGCGAAUGGCCGGUGAAUAUUCUUCAAAUUCAGAACGUUUUAAUGUGUUAAUUCUUGGACUGGAUUCGACAUCGCGGCAAAUGUAUAUGCGCAUGUUGCCAAAAACUUACAAAUAUUUUACGGAAGUACUGGGUGGUUCCCUGCUCGAGGGUUACAAUAUUGUUGGUGACGGCACAACACAAGCUUUAAUGCCGCUUCUCUCAGGAAAGCGGGAAACAGAAAUACCAGAAACUAGACGCGAUAGGCCGGGUGCAAGUUUCGUUGACGAACAUCUUGAAUUUGUAUGGACGCGGUACGAAAAGAAAGGAUACGUAACACAAUGGGCGGAGGACACUCCAGAGUCUAGCACUUUUAACCUUAGAUUAGUCGGGAUUAAAUCCCAACCAGUUAUUCACUAUCUUCGACCAUUUUACUUGUCUAUGACUGAUUCAGCACAAUCAUAUAUGACAUCAUUUCUAAAUUUGUUCAAAGAAAAGAGAAAAAAUUGUUUGGGCUCAAGAACAACAUACCAACUUUAUCUUGACUGGAUGAAAGAAGGGUUAGAAACGAACAAGGGAAAGAACUUCUUUUCGUUUGGAUUCAUUUCAUCAUACAGUCAUAAUGAUAACAGUGAUUUGGUACAGAUAGAUGAUGAUAAUGUAGAAUUUCUUAAGUAUUUACGGAAUGAGAACAUUUUAAAGAAUACGUUCCUGGUCAUGAUGAGUGAUCAUGGUUUACGUUACGGUCAGUAUCGAAUGACCGAGCAGGGAAAACUGGAAGAAAGAAUGCCGUAUUUUGGUGUUUACAUUCCGGCUAAAUUCCGGGCAAAAUAUCCUGACAAGUACACUGCUUUCAUGCAGAAUUUAAAUCGCCUGGUAGUGCCAUCAGAUAUACAUAAAACUCUUUUAGAAUUAAUUGAUGAAACGCCAGAAAAGAUGAACAGAUCUGUUUACUCGUUGUUUUCUCCCAUACCUGAAAAACGCACAUGCGCAGACGCUGACAUUGAUCCACAUUGGUGCGCAUGCCUAAAAACAGAAUUUGUUUCCGUUUCAAAUCAAAACGUUGUAGCUGCCACAAAUAAAGUCACAUCUUUUAUAAAUGAUCUCUUAAAAAAUGUUUCUUCCCUUUGUCAUGGAUUAACAUUACAAAAAGUUAUGAAAGCGUCUGCGUUAGGGACUGAUACAAAUGUGCUCAAAUUCAAAGGAAGUUCGGACCGGGACGGACGUGUAGCGGACUUUAGCGACAAGCUGAGUGCGGAAUUUAUUCACUACCUCAUAACUUUUGAAACUGCCCCUAGUUCGGCAAUAUUCGAAGCUAGUGUUUUUAUGAACGUGAAAACAGGGGAGAUAACUGCCAAAGAAAAUGAGAUAAGCAGACUUAAUAGCUACAAUGAUGCUGCAAAAUGUAUCCAUUCUACUCAUCCGUCCCUACGGCCAUAUUGUUAUUGCCGGUGAUCUAAAAAAAAAUGAGAGGUACAUUACAUGUCGUCUGGGUGACUAUUCAGAUGUUGUUUGAUUUAUAAAAUUUCAGAACCUUUCAGAACACCAGCAAUCUGCUUAUAAGCUACCACUCUCCCACACAGAACGGGUCUAAAAACAUCAAGCUAUUUGAUUACAGUUUACAAAUAUGCAUAUAAGUAAGGGACAACAGUUGUUAUGUUUCACUUGACCAUUAUUAUCACAGCCGUUACCAUGUAGCGAGUAGGAAAGUUUGAUGCAGAUAGAACUUACUAUAUUAAAAACGUCAGUUUUAUAGCGGAUUACCAAGAUAUGUUCUUUUUUGUCAUUUUUUUAUGAUAAUCGAAAGAAGGAUAAAAAAUACCAAGCGCACAAUUAUUCUACCCGCAACCAACAAAACAACUUGCAACCAGUUAACGGGAGUGUUUAAAAUCACAAAAUAAAACGUUGCAACGGUUUACAAUUACAGAAAGAUAAACUUUGCAAAUACUUUACGUAGAUAUUUUAUGUUGGUCAAGACAUGUAUUAAUCAUCUAGUUCCAUAUACAUUUACGAGCCUGUAGUCAAGUUUUAUCUUUUGAUGACAUUUUAUUUCAAAAACGCCCAAAUUAUAAUGUGUGGGAGAGCAGCUUUUAAAAAAGUCAGUGUUUGGUCCAUUUCUGCUUCAUGCCAUCAAACGUUCAUGAAUAAACCAUACCUGUUAUUGGACCGUGAAAUUAAUGAGCCAGAAACGGCAGACUUAAUACAAGGGAUCGAUGGUAUAAAUAUUUAAUGUUUAACGACAGGAAUGAAUGCUGCAUUAUACCUGCAUUGUAUCGAUUCGUUGCAGCAACUUUCACGGCUUCCAUAUUGCACGAUGCACCGGUUUCUAAGUGCAGACUUUGAUUUGAAAAUUUUUAAUCAAAUCAACUGAAGAGAAAUUAACUCAGGUGAACAC